ACAUGGAAGGGUACAUAUAAAUCUUAGUUUAUCAAAUACGUUAUUUAUAUAUACUACUAACUCUUUCAUAUGAAGUACACAAAAAUAAUUUUAAGAAAUGCUUUAAUACCCUAAUUCGUCUCUAUAAAUACCAAAACCAACUUAACACAAUCACAUAGAAACCUUUCAUUUGCAAAUCUUUCUUCCUCACCAUCAUCUUGUAAGUUAUAAGUGAUGACAACCAGAAUCAAUGUCUUGUUUAGCUUCCUAUUUAUAACGAUAUUUCUCAAUAUUUUCAGCAUAAACCAAGCAAGACAACAUAAAAACCCUAGUUCUUCUUCUUCUUCUUCAUCAUUAUCAUCGUCGUCAUCAUCAUCAUCAUCACCAUCUUCCUUUCAUGUUCUUGCCUUGACCAAAUCAAGUGUUUCUCUUCCCACACCAAAUUCUCAAAUCCAAGAAAGGAUCAAGAAGCCUUUAGAAUCAUCAAUAGGUGCUGUAAUGGAGCCGUUGAGAGAAGUGAGAGAUGGUUAUUUGAUAACCUUAAACAUCGGAACACCUCCACAAUCAGUCCAAGUGUACAUGGACACAGGAAGUGAUCUCACUUGGGUCCCAUGUGGGAAUCUAAGUUUUAAUUGCAUAGAUUGUUACGAUUUCAAGAACAACAAUCUAAAAUCAUCGUCAACCUUCUCUCCUCUUCACUCAUCCUCAUCUUUUAGAGCCUCUUGUGCUAGUUCUUAUUGCGUUGAGAUUCAUAGUUCAGACAAUGCUUUUGACCCUUGUGCAAUAGCUGGCUGCUCUGUGGGUAUGCUUCUCAAGUCCACUUGCUUAAGGCCGUGUCCCACCUUUGCUUAUACGUAUGGUGAAGGUGGUCUUGUCUCUGGGAUACUAACCAGAGAUAUAUUGAAGACUCAAACCAGGGACGUACCAAGAUUUUCCUUUGGGUGCGUUGCAUCCACUUACCACGAACCUAUAGGCAUUGCCGGAUUUGGAAGAGGUUUGCUUUCUCUCCCAUCGCAGUUAGGGUUUGUACAAAAGGGAUUUUCUCAUUGUUUCUUGCCUUUCAAGUUUGUCAAUAACCCUAAUAUCUCAAGCCCUUUGAUCUUAGGAGACUCUCUUUUAUCCGGCAAUCUCACAAACUCUUUGCAGUUUACCCCCAUGUUGAAUACUCCAAUGUACCCUAACAGCUACUACCUCGGCUUAGAGUCCAUUACAAUAGGUACAAAUGUCACCGCUACACAAGUUCCCUUAACGUUGAAACAGUUUGAUUCACAAGGAAAUGGAGGAAUGUUGAUUGAUUCGGGUACAACUUACACACAUUUACCCGAUCCCUUGUACUCACAAAUUCUCACAAGUCUCCAGUCAACGAUCACAUAUCCUAGAGCAACGGAAACAGAAUCAAGAACAGGCUUUGAUCUAUGCUACAAAGUGCCAUGUCCUAAUAACAAUCUCACUAGUCUCGAAAACGAUGCAACGAUGAUGUUUCCUUCGAUCACUUUCCAUUUCUUGAACAAUGCAGCCUUAAUUCUUCCACAAGGCAACUCGUUUUACGCAAUGAGCGCACCUAGCGACGGUUCGGUUGUGAAAUGCUUGUUGUUUCGGAACAUGGAAGAUGGAGACUACGGUCCGGCCGGGGUUUUUGGGAGCUUUCAACAGCAGAAUGUGAAGGUUUUUUAUGAUUUGGAGAAAGAAAGAAUAGGGUUUCAAGUUAUGGAUUGUGUCACAGAAGCUGUUUCACAUGGACUUUCCAAGGUUCGUGAAUAA